UUACUUCCUUCCAUCCUUGACUUACUGAGGAGUAGAAUGUUUGUGUCGCGACUGUAAAUUGUGUUAAAGUGCGACAGUUAAUAUAGCCUAUCUCUUAAUUUGUGAUUCAAUUUCUCGUUUGACGUCGACUGAAAACAUGAACAACCUCCUUAGGUCGACUGUUCGUUGUCUGCGGGCGAAUUCGUUGGCGUAUCUGCCAAAGCAAGCUGAUGGACAUGUCUCGUUUGUGUCCGCCCGACUAAUGUGUGCGGCAGACCAACAUAAAGACCUUGGUGACAUGAUAAAGAAAGACAAAGUUGUCGUGUUUAUGAAAGGUACACCCGCACAGCCGAUGUGUGGCUUCAGCAAUGCCGUAGUUCAAAUCCUCCGGAUGCAUGGAGUGGAUGACUAUGCAGCUUACAACGUGUUGGACGACCAGGAUCUGAGACAAGGCGUGAAGAGCUUCUCUAACUGGCCCACCAUCCCUCAGGUGUACUUCAAUGGGGAGUUUGUCGGGGGUUGUGAUAUCCUGUUACAGAUGCACCAGAGUGGAGACUUGGUGGAGGAACUUCAGAAGCUUGGUAUCCGCUCUGCACUGAUGGACGCAGAGAAGCAGUCCAAGUAGAAAUGGGCACCAAUACAAAUCCGGAGGUUGACUGUAACUACUCGUCACCAAUCGAACCCACAUGGACACUGACCUGUUAGACACUUCUGUAGAUCGAUCUGGCGAAAACCCCUUCUCAAGCGAUGUUGUUUUGUUUGAUUUCAGUUUAAAGGUUUACAAGUCUGGAAGAAUGUUGCUUGUACCUGCUCCGACCCCUCAGAUCUACAAGUGCCUAUAGGUUAGAGAAACAGCUGACGUUGACUUGAAGUUCACAUAAACCUCCGUGUCUGAAGGUGCGUCAUGUGACCUGCUGAAGACCAAACUGCCCUCAGGUUACCAAGGAGAUGUGGUGGAUGAGCACCAGUCUCCUCUCAGACGCACUGCCACCUGUAGCUCUUUUAAACUGGUUAAAACACUUCACAAACUUCUAUUCCUGCUUAAACAGAUAGCUCCCAAUGUAAGGGAAGCAGUUUUUUCUGUAGUAUCUGUUAACGUGACAAAUGAAGGGAAGAGAUGGGUUAAAUUGCUCACACUAACUUCACAACCACUUAUUUCCUACACAACACCCUUUCCAUCUUCUGCAUAUAGUACAUCUGUGUUAUCCAAGCUACCCUUGUGUAGAACGCUGUAUAUUUAAGUCAAUGUACAUUGAAAAUAUAUUAUGUAUUUUAGCAGCAUGUAAACUGAUUAAUUAUGGAAUUAAAUAUUUUGCAAUGAU